AUGGGACAUGUUCGCCCAGCCGUUCACUUCCUCCCCCCCCCCCCCCCCUACUCCCCCCCCCCUCUCCCUCCCCUUUUCCUCCUUCCGUGGCCGCUCACUCUCCCGCCUGGCGGUUCUCUUUGUGAUUUCUUCCUUCCUGCCCGUUCUCUACCCCCUCAUGUGCUUCCUUCGUCCCUGCUGAUUCUCUCCCCCCUCUGCGAUUCCUUCACCACCCGCUCUCUCUCCAUCUCUGUGUUUCCUUUCCUCCUUGCCCUUUCUCCCCCCUUUUGUGUGCUUCCUUCUUCGCUGCCCGUUCUCCCCCCCCCCCCCCCCCCCCCCGCCAUGCUGCGAUUGUUGCUUCACUGCCUGUUCUCGAAACCCCCUGGUGCUUCAUUCCUUCCCGGUUUCUUUCCCCCAGUAUUUCUUUCUUCCCUGCCCAUUCCAACCACCCCCCUCCUCUGUCCCCCCUCCCCCCUCCCCCCUCCCUCUCGUGCUUCCUCCUUACCCGCCCAUUCCCUUCCCUCCCCUGUGCUUCUUUUUCCCCACCCGUUCUCUCUUCCCCACUCUAGAUUUCCUUCUUCCUGCCCGUUCACUCUCUCAAUUUCUGUUUCUUUUAUCCCUGCCUGUCACCUUCCCCUACUGUGUUUCCUUCUUCCCUGCCAUUCUCGCUCCCACCAGGCCUACUGCCCUUCUAAGAUCGGCUGCAUGCCUCCAGGCGUCAAGUGCAACGGGCAUCUCUCCCCCAAUCUGCGUUUCCCUCUUUCCUGCCCGUUCCCUUUCCCCCUGUCUAAUUUCUUCACCCCUGCCCGUACUCAUCCCCACCAGGCCUAUUGCCUGUCUAAUAUCGGCUGCAUGCCCCCAGGCGGCAAGUGCAACGACGUGGCCUACUGCCCAUCUAAGAUCGGUUGCAUGCCCCCAGGCGGCGAGUGCAACGGCGUGGCCGACUGUGCGGACGGCAGCGACGAGGGACCGCAAUGCCCCGGGUACCAAGGCGGCUCAUCCGGCAGUGGCACGUCAACAAACAGCACUGCCCCCAGCACCAACGGUGGCGGAUCCUCUGACACGUCAACUAAUGGCACUGCUCUUGGUGGUGGGUUCGGAGGCGAAGGCGGGUCGAUGACGGGAGGCGGGUCGGGGACCCUGUUGUAUUGA